CAAUAAAUAAAUCAAUCAAAAGAGGUUACUAUGUAAUUAAAAAAUAUCUGGUGCCACAUACAUGUAUCUAUCUAGAUUCUCUAGUUUUGGAUAAAAUCCAAAAACACAAACAAACUUUGGAGUUUGGAGUGAGUGACAAACAAACACACAUGAAAAGAAAAACAAGUCUUGUUCACAUUCACGAGCUAACUAUCACCGCCUUUCUAUAUCUGCAACUUCAACCACUGCUUCAGAUUUUCAUUACUCAACCUUUUUCACGUGUUUCAACAAUUUAUUCAUAACAACAACCAUCAACUCAAUAUAAUCAUAAUUAACACCGACCCAUGUUUUCUUUUUCAAAUAUCUCAUCUGGGUUUUUCAUUUUUCUUAUGUUGGUAUGUUAAAUAAUUGAAAAAGGUUAGAUUUUUAUUUUUGAAUUUGAAUUUGAAGAAAAAUGGAUCCUUCUAUGAACCAUGUUGGUCAUGGAGGAAUGGAUAUACCAAUUAUGCAUGAAAGUGAUAGGUAUGAGCUUGUACGUGAUAUUGGUUCUGGAAAUUUUGGGGUGGCUAGACUUUUGAGAGAUAAACACACUGAUCAACUUGUUGCUGUUAAGUAUAUUGAGAGAGGUGAUAAGAUAGAUGAAAAUGUACAAAGAGAAAUUAUAAAUCAUAGAUCACUGAGGCAUCCCAAUAUUGUCAGGUUCAAGGAGGUCAUACUUACUCCCACACAUGUAGCUAUUGUGAUGGAAUAUGCUUCUGGUGGAGAGCUAUUUGAGCGAAUAUGCAAUGCAGGACGGUUCAGCGAGGAUGAGGCACGGUUUUUCUUCCAACAACUUAUAUCAGGGGUUAGCUACUGUCAUGCAAUGCAAGUAUGUCACCGUGACUUGAAGUUGGAGAACACAUUGCUCGAUGGUAGUCCGGCUCCUCGUUUGAAGAUUUGUGAUUUUGGUUAUUCAAAGUCCUCGGUGCUACAUUCGCAACCAAAAUCUACAGUCGGUACCCCUGCAUAUAUCGCUCCUGAAGUUUUGCUUAAGAAGGAAUAUGAUGGCAAGAUUGCAGAUGUGUGGUCUUGCGGUGUGACCUUAUAUGUCAUGUUGGUCGGUGCAUAUCCUUUUGAGGAUCCACAGGAGCCUAAAAAUUUCCGGAAGACUAUUCAUAGGAUUUUGAAAGUUCAAUACUCAAUUCCUGAUUAUGUUCAAAUAUCUCCCGAGUGCCGUCAUUUGAUCUCAAGGAUCUUUGUUGCAGACCCUGCACAGAGAAUAAGUAUGCCUGAGAUUCGAAACCACGAGUGGUUUUUGAAGAACCUUCCAGCUGAUCUCAUGGUCGGGAAUACAACGAACGGCCACUUUCAGGAGCCUGAACAACCAAUGCAAACAAUUGAAGAAAUCAUGCAGAUAAUUAGUGAGGCUACUAUUCCUGCAGCUGGAACUCAUCAGUCUCUCACUCAGUAUCUUACCGGUAGCUUGGACAUUGAUGACGAAAUGGACGAGGAUAUAGACACUGAUCCUGACCUUGAUAUCGAUAGCAGCGGUGAAAUAGUUUAUGCAAUGUAAAUUUGCUAUAGUAAACAAUGGAAGGAUUCUGUGAUGUACAUUUUCAGUGAGUUUUAGAAUAUGUGGAAGAAAAAUAUUACACAUUCUAUAAGUUUACAUGCUGCUUUGUAUGUAUAGAUGUGUUAUGUUGUUAUAUUAUGAUGAAGUUGUGAAGUUGUUUUCUUUC